GCGCCGGAGGGGCCGGUGGGCGGGGCGGCGCCUGACCAGGAGACUCCGUCUAUCCCGCGCGCAGAUGGCAGAAUUGUGAGCAUGAGACCAUGUCGCUGGUGACAUUAAGAGUCAAGGCACUGAUGUUUGAACUGGAAGCUUCAAAACUUUUAAAAAGAACCUUCAGGAUGGCUUUGAAGUGGACAAGCUAGAAAUUUCUUCAGAAUACCUCCUGCAGCAUUCAUCUGCCCCCUUGGGCCUUCCUGCAGAGGAUCUUGAAGAGGUCAUUCUGCCACGCCGAUGCUCUUGGAACCAGACCAGUAGACUUGACUUUUCUGCUAGGAUUCUCUUACUUUAUAAUAUUCUCUCUGAGUUGUAAGAGGGGUAGAAGAGGUAUUCAUGAAACCGAAGGGCCUGCAAGGAAGGGAAGUGACACUUUCAUGCUAAAUGAAAACUAAGCAGGUGGCAGUUGUGACUGACGACACUUAAACCUACCAAGUCCGGAUUCACUGGAUUGGGGAGACCGAGUGACGGCCACAGCUGGGGAGAAAGAAGUGAUACUGGAAAAAAAAAAAAGCCAAACAAAGAGAAUGAGGACGGCUGCUAAGUAAAUGGCCACCUCCACCUCCACCUCCACAGAGACCACGUCAGCCUCCUGGUGGAACUAUUUUUUCCUUUAUGAUGGUUCCAAGGUAAAGGAAGAAGGAGAUCCAACGAGAGCUGGCAUUUGCUAUUUUUAUCCUUCUCAGACCCUGCUCGAUCAACAGGAGUUGCUCUGUGGACAGAUUGCUGGAGUCGUCCAUUGUAUUUCUGAUGUCUCUGGCUCUCCUCCCACUCUCAUUCGUCUGCGGAAACUUAAGUUUGCUGUAAAGGUUGACGGAGAUUACCUUUGGGUGCUGGGCUGUGCUGUGGAGCUCCCUGAUGUCAGCUGCAAGCGGUUUCUGGAUCAGCUAAUUGGAUUCUUCAAUUUUUACAAUGGACCUGUUUCUCUGGCUUAUAAGAGCCGGUCUCAGGAAGAACUGAGCGCGGAGUGGGAUACCUUCAUUGAACACAUUCUGAAAAACACCAGUGAUCUGCAUAAGAUAUUCAAUUCCCUCUGGAACUUGGACCAAACUAAAGCGUUGAGCUCCAGCCUGUCCCUCUGUUCUACCAAACCCUCCUCCCUCUUCUCUCCUGCUGACGGUGCAUGUGCCGAUGGGUGGGCUGCCUCUCGCCCUGCACAGGUGGAGCCCCUGUUGUUGCUGAAGGCGGCCCUCAUUCUGCAGACCUGCCAGCGCUCGCCUCACGUCCUCGCAGGCUGCAUCCUCUAUAAAGGACUGAUUGUCAGCACCCAGCUGCCGCCCUCCCUCACUGCCAAGGUCCUGCUUCACCGAACUGCACCUCAGACCCAGAGACUGCCUACAGGAGGGGAUGCCCCGCAGGAGCACGGAGCAGCAUGGCCCCCGAACGUGCGGAUCAUCCCUGUGUUUGUGACCGAAGAGGAAUGCGCCAGUCUCCGUGAGUUUCCAGUGGGACGGAUGACUAGCUCUCCUGCAUCUCCAGCCAGAGUCCAGAGCUCAGCCCAGCACACUCCAAAGGGUGGGAGCACAUUUGCCCUGAAAGAAAACACUGGGGAUGUGGCAUCCAUGGCCGGGAUGUUGGCAACCACCCCAGAGCCCACGCCCCCUGAUGAAGCUUGGCCAGGUGGCAAGAGCGAGAAUGAACACUUGUUUGGUCACGAUCUGGACAGCAUCGGGCACACAGGCCUGCGUAAGAGCUGCUCCCUGGUGAAAGAACUGGGCUUUCCCCAGGGGGAAUUGGACUUGUCUGAAAUCCACAUUCCAGAAGCUCAGGAAGUGGGAACAUCCUCGGGUCAUUUUGCUUUCCCAUGUGCGUGUGUCCCAGAUGGCAGUGGUCCUUGCCACAAGGAAUGUGUCAGUGGCCCAAGCAGCCCAGAACCCACGCCGCCUGAGGACACUACUGCGGGCAGCCUGCUCUCUCCCUCCGUCCCUGAGACGCUGACCCAGAACGGAGCCCCAGAGCUGUGUGAAGACCUUCCUGGCAGCAGCAGCCAGGCCCCUGUUCCCAGAGGAGACCUUCUCUGCAGAAGGACCAGUGGACCUUUGUCACUGCCUCACUUGGCUCCAGGGCAGGGAGGAAGUGAGCUUCCCAUGGGAGAACAAGGCUUGGAUCGGUGUGCUGAUGGGACCCGUGAGAGCCACGCAGCCCCUGGUCCCGAGGGCAGUUCAGGCUUGGCAAACUGCUCGGGUGCAGACCCCUCUGCAGACGGCAUCGACUCCAGAAUGACCCCAGCAGGGUCCCGCGUGGGACUCAUGCGGAUGAACCUCUACACUCACAGUGUUAAAGGGCUGGUGCUGUCCCUGCUGGCUGAGGAGCCACUGCUGGGAGACGGCGCAGCUGUAGAGGAGGUGUACCACGGCAGCCUGGCGUCCCUGAACGGGCUGGAAGUCCACCUGAAAGAGACGCUCCCCAGAGACGAGGCCGCCUCCGCGAGCAGCGCCUACAACUUCAUGCAUUACGACCGCAUUCAGAGUGUGCUGAUGGCGAACCUGCCGCAGGCGGCCACGCUGCAGGACCGCCGCUUCCUCCAGGCCGCCAGCCUGAUGCACUCGGAGUUCGCCCGGCUGCCCUCGCUGUACGGAAUGACCGUCAGAAACGCCUCCACGGCCGUGUACGCCUGCUGCAACCCCGUCCAGGAAACCUACUUCCAGCAGCUGCCGCCCGCGGCACGGAGCUCCGGCUUCCCAAGCCCCCAGGACAGCGCCUUCAGCCUGUCCAGCAAAGCCAAGCAGAAGCUGCUGAAGCACGGGGUGAACUUACUUUGAACUGCACCCACCGUGCGAAGUUCAGCACCCCAGGAGUUGACCGUAACAAAGAAUACCAGCAAAGGAAGCUCUGCCUUUUUUAGCAGAAAAGGUUCCUCUAUUUUAUUUUUCUCGGAAUGGUCCCUUUCUU